AUGAAAGAGAGGAUAACUUAUAUCGUGCAGGAUCCUGACGCUUUCAGUCCAGAGCAGCUUGUUGUCAAAGGUGACUCCAUCACACUGAAAAAGGUUCAAGCAGCCAAAGAACAGCGAAUCACUGUUGGUCUGGACGAGUUGCCUACUGAGCUCAGAAAGUCUCUUGAGCAAUGGCACGAACUCCAUAUCCGUUGGAGUUCAUCGAUACCUUACUCUGCCAGUCCUCCCUUCACAUCGCGCGUAACACCAGGUCUACAUGUAUUCUUCACUCCGCUUAGAGAUCAGCCAGAAGGGGACCUAUGUAACCUUUUACAUUUGGCGCUUGGGUCUGAGCUGCAAUGCGAUUCGAUGAGUGAAGCGUCUACCAAAAUGCCGAUACUCUCUGAACGAUUUUCAAUGUCAGCAAGCUCGCAGUAUUAUUCUUAUCUCGAUUCUUUGUCCAAUUUGGUCAACUUUAUUCAAAAGAGAGUUUGUAAGUCGAAGGCUUGCAAAGAGAGCGCUGAAGUUCUGUUGUCUGCAACAUAUGUGGAUAUAGAUUACGAUGCCAUUUCUCAUGCCGUUGUUUUGAGUGCCUUCACCGCCACUGCCCCUGCCACUGGCUAUUGGGACGAAACUAUUUCCGUUACAUCCGAGCUACAGUCAACUGAGGUCGGAGUUCUAACGUAUGAGAAGAAUCCUGAUCCUGAAGAUAUUGGUUUCGGUGGGUUUUUGACCGUCCUGGGGCAGGAUCAAGCACCCAAGCCCACACGCUUUCAGACACCUACUCGGCACUAUCCGAUACCUUCUGACUCUGCCAACUACAAGAUUUCGUUUGCACGGCCGACUGGACUCCACCCGACUUUGUCCAUCACCUUUCCUUCUUCUCAUCUCACGCCACCAGACUCGACUUGCAAAUUACACACCUAUCUGACUCUCCCCUCUUACCUCUUUGUCGACAAGUAUCAAUUCAACGACGCAUUGUACCUUGCAUCCAACAACCUCAAGAGCUUAAGAUCUAUCGCGGGUGCCGCCGAUCUUGAAGCUCCGGACUGGGUAACUCCAGAAUGGGGUAGCGCUGCAUUGUUUGAACUUGCCGUCCCUAAGUCUGGGGACAUAGAGGAAUCUUCUGUGGAGUGGAACGCCACUAUUCCCCUGCAUCUACGUUAUUUGCCCGCAGCUGAUCAUUCGCACACCACGGUCCCUGCGCCCUGGCCAGUAGUAUUCUGGGCCUGUCGAGCUGAAGAAGGAACAAAGAUGGCCGUUAAUCCCUUUGACCGUCUUCAUUUGGGUUAUGAAGCAUUGUUUGGGCCUAGAACACGGUUUAUGCAUAUUUCACCUAUCCGGAGUGGGGGCGAAACAGAUGGCCUGGUAGAGUGGAUCGAUGUUCCUGUGCUCGAUUUAAAGAAGUCCCAAUGGGUUGAAAUUGGGACUAUUGGGACCGUGAUCGUCGCGUUCAUUGGCCUCUGUUGGGCUAUGUUUGGGAAUGCGGGAGGGAGAAAGACGAACGGUGGGAACGCCAAAGAAAAGAAGAAGCAGUAG